AAGCGUGAAGCGAUCAAAGAUGCUUUCUUGUACAAUUAUAACGAAUAUGUCAAGUAUGCAUAUCCGGCAGAUUGUAUCGAUUUAAAACUAUUGACAGGAGCAAAUGAUCCUGCAACGGCAGAUUUUGGUGGAACGCCCAUCGAAUCAUUAAGUUCGAUGAUUAUGAUGAAUUUAACUCAAACGGAAAACUAUGCAAAUGCAGUAAAAGUUGUCAAAGAUCAAGCAUUCUAUACGACGAAUUCAAGCAUGGUUGAUGGACAACCGGGAACAGUGAAGUUGUUUGAAUUAACCAUUCGUAUCAUUGGUGGUCUUUUGAGUGCUUAUCAAAUGAACGGUGAAAGAGCUGAAGAAAGCUUCUUUAUCAACAAAACUCGUACGCUUGCCGAUCGUCUCAAAGGAUCUUGGUUCAAGAAUGCAAAAAUUCCCGUCAGCAUUUGGAAUAUGAGAGACCAAUCGGUCAUGGACUUGAACGCUGAUACGAACAUUGCUGAGGCUGGUACUUUGACAAUUGAAUUCGGAAUAUUGUCAAAUAUGACCAAUGACGAUCAAUAUCGUACUUUGGCAGAAGGGUCUUCUGAUGCUAUUAUGGGUUUGAAUGCUUACUAUCCUGGUUUGCCCUAUACACGCGUGAACCCGUUCAAUUUGACGACAAACAGUCAAUACAUCACCCUUGGAGGUGGUUUCGAUUCGGGCGGUUUGGAAUAUUUCCUCAAGUAUCCUAUCUUGUUGGGUCAACGUGAUCAUCGAUACAUCAAACAUUGGACAACUGCAGUUGAAUCAAUUCAAUCCCAUUUGGUAUACAAGACCGGAGUGAACAAUUUCACCUUUGUUGCCGACUUUGAUGCUAAUCGUACUACACCGGUUUAUCUUUCUUCACAUUUGGCAUGCUUUAUCGGCGGUAAUAUUGCCAUGGGAGGUAGAUUGUUGAAUCGUGAUGAUUUCACAACAUUGGGUCUUGAACUUGCAGAAAGUUGUGCGGCUACAUAUGACCAAACAGCUCUAGGACUUGGACCUUACGGAUUCGGUUAUGGAGACAAAAGUGGCAACUUUGCCGGUUGGAAAUACGUUUCACCUCAAAAACGUUCUUUCUAUCAAAAGCAUGGUAUCUUUGUUACUGUUGGCUAUUGGUUCGUUGCGCCUGAAGUCUUGGAAUCAAUCUUUUAUGCUUGGCGUAUCACAGGACAACAAAUGUGGAGAGAUGUGGCAUGGAAAAUCUUCCAAACGAUCAAGAAAGUUGCUGAUACAGGUCAUGGUUAUUCAAUCAUUAAUAACGUCAAUGAUGAAUCAACUGGUAUUCAAGGUCCUCAACCUCCAUUCUUGUACUCUGAAACACUCAAGUAUCUCUAUUUGAUCUUUGAUGAUUCUAAUCAUUAUUCGUUGGACGAUAUCGUGUUCAAUACGGAAGGAAUGGCAUUCAAA